AAAAAGACGUGCACAAAAAUUUGUUAAAUGUGGAAAAAAAUUUAUUUUGUAUAAGCACAAAGUGAGAAAUGGAAAAGAAUAGAAGACAAUUUAAUAACUCCUGGAUGAAAGAAGACUGGACAAAAGGCUGGCUUGUUCAUAUCGAGCAGGCACCUGAAUGGAGCCAUAGUGGACCAUCUCAUGGCGCGUGGUGUAAGGUUUGUAAAGUUGGACUGCAGUGCCAAAAAAAAGAUUUAAAAAAACACGGACUGACAGAAAAACAUAGGAUAAAUUUAAAUUCGUUGAAGCCAUCAAAUACGGUAAGGUAUGGUAUAUUAAAAACAUCAAAAGAAAGUAAGAUUUUUGAAAUAAGAUUGGCAAUGUAUAUAUCUACGCACACAAGCAUAAUAUCCGUCGACCAUUUAUGUGAUCUAUUUCUCAAAACACUACAAAUUAAUAACAAAUCACUUACGUUAAAAAUGCAUCGAACCAAAUGUUCUGCUUUAAUUAAGUAUGUUAUUGCGCCAACACUACUAGAAGAAUUGUUAAUGGAAAAUAUUCUUUAAUAGUUGAUGAAUCAACUGAUAUAUCUAGAGUAAAGUGGAUGGCAAUUUGUAUACGUUAUUUUAAUCAAAAGGAAGUCAAAAUAAUGACCGAAUUUUUAGGAAUUUUGGUUGUGGAGGAGGCAACAGCAGUUGCGUUAUAUGAAAGUC